UCAGAGGGACGGGAAGAGUGGAUUGUCAGGCAGAUACAACUUGUCCUAUCGCCAUGUCUGGAGUACGUGCUUCUGUCCAUGCUAAAUGGAUUGUAGGAAAAGUAAUUGGCACAAAAAUGGCUAAAACAGCAAAAGUCCGAGUGACACGAAUGGUGCUCGAUAAUUACUUACUAAAGUAUUACAACAAGAGGAAGACCUAUUUCGCUCAUGAUGCCCUGGAGCAGUGCACAAUGGGAGACAUUGUACUGCUGAAAGCCUUACCUGAAAGGAGGAGUAAACAUGUCAAGCAUGAACUGGUUGAAAUCAUAUUCAAAGUAGGCAGGGUGGUUGACCCCCUGACUGGAAAACUGUGCGCGGGUACCAUGUAUCAAGAAAGUUUAGAGGACAUUGAUGUCAAUAACCUUGAUCAAAUGCUUCAGAACAUCCACCUUUCAGCACGAUCAAGUAGUCAAGAAGAGAAGAAGGCUGAUUCCUGAAGACUUACCUCUGUUUAAAAUACCCUUAUGUGUGAUGUCUAAUUGUUACCAUUUACAAGUAAUUAAAAUAUUUGUU